GAUGUUCUUUCUUUUCCGGCAUGGUGCUUUUCUGUACGAUUUGCGUUUCACUUAAAAGUUAAAGGUUGUGAGAAAAUGAACAUCUGUUUCCGCAGAAAUUUGGCUUUUGCCCACCCACUCAAGAGAUCAAUUCAAAAUGUUAUUUCUGGAGAACUUGGAAAGCAAUAUUGCAUAAGACCAAAGUCAAAUAGUGCCUUGAUGACUUUCUGUAGAAUAAAUCACAUGUUUAGAUCCAAACUUACAAUAUAUAAAUCCUCUUACUGUAACCAGCCAAAGCAAAGACAACAAAAGUUAAAUCCAUACGAGAUAUUUCGUGAAGAACUUAAAUUAACUGAACAAUUUCUGGAUGAAAAACAUAUCAACUUUAACGAAAUCGAAAAAAUCUGCAAGGAAUAUGGCACUGUAGCAAGAUUUUGGCAAACCUAUUGCAUGGAUCAUUUUUAUCAUACAAAUAAUAUUAAUCAUGGCAUAAAGCUCAUGGAAUAUCUAGAAAAACACAAUUCACAAAAGAUUAGUUUGAAAACUUUGACGUUAUUUAUUGCUCUAGCAGGAAGGUCCGGUCACCAAUAUCAAAAUUUAGUGUAUAAAACAUUUGAAAAAGUACUGAAGAUAACUGAUGUCUUUGAUAUGUCCUCCAUUAAAUAUUUAAUUCAGGGAUUCUGUGGCACUGAUAACUGGAGAAAAUCUUUGGAGUUUUUAGAAAUGGAGAAAUUCCAAAGUAGCACCAAAAAUGCAGGUAUACGUUCCCCCAUUAUCAUUAAAGCUCUUUAUGAAGGUGACAUAUCAUUGGCUAUGAAGAUAUUGCAUGAAUUAGCUGCUGAGGGUAAUGAACCAAGUCAAAUAGUUUUUGUAGAAAUGGUGGAGAUGGCUGAAAAGAAAAUCGGAACACUUAAUAUAAAAACACUUUUAGAUUUACUAAAAGAGAAACGAUGGUAUCCUGAUGAGAACACUGCAUUCAAAAUCAAGAAUUAUUUUCUAGGUUUACAGGGUGAAGAAUGGCAAUGUCUCGAUACCAAUAUUAAAAAUAAUGGUGUUUGUCCUUGCUGUGGUGUUCAUCUACCGAUUGCCAAGUUCAAUUCGUCAGACUUUGAAAACUUGAAGAAGGAUAUCAUGGAAAAACUUAUUGUUGCAUCAAAUGUUUUCCAUAACACUAGUCCAGUGGAGAUUAAAAGAUUUAUAGAAUUUUUGAAUACACAAGGCCCUUUUGAUGUGGUUAUUGAUGGGUUGAAUAUUGGACUUUGUAAAACUCCUUUAAAUCCUGGAGUUAAGUUAAGACUUGCUGUUGAAUAUUUUACAAGUAAAGGUAAAAAGGUGCUUGUUAUUGGGAAACAACACAUGAAAACCUGGAAAAAAGAAUCAAUGAGGCGAAUUCAGGAAGAGGCAAUGUUAUUCUAUGUAGAUAAUAUAUCAGAAGAUGACCCUUUUAUUCUCUAUGCUGCCUGUCACAGUGGAGAAAAUACUAUGAUUGUUACAAGGGAUUUUCUUCAUAACCAUAGUACAAGAAUAGGAGUAGAAUAUCAACAGCUGUUUAACAAAUGGUUGCAAUGUCGAAAAAUACCCAAAUUUAUAUAUACAAAAUCAGGAGAAAUUUUAAUUUGGGAACCAAGUGGGCAUGAAAUAGAACCGUUCCAUACCACUGAUAGUUGGCAUAUUCCAUACAAAUAUGAAGAUGGCUUCAAAUGGUUGUGCUUAGUAAAAUAAUGUUCAACAAAUGGUUAGACUGAAUGGUUGGUUGAAUUGUUUCAAAUACUGGCUUAAUCUACAAUUUUGUUUUAUUAUGGAUUCGCUUAUGGAUGUCAACACUUUUUUUUUGUGGUCAUCCAUUUAAGAUUUAACAACAAAUAGUUGAUAUUUUGACCAGUUUUUAUUGAUAUACAUGUAGAACCCAUUUUUACAAAAACAAAAGAUGAGACUCCGAGAGUAAAUAUCUAUAUAACUUAGUAUACUUGCCCCAUCUAAUAUCUGUGCAGAAUGAAAAUAAAGUUAAAUCUUGUUUAUCAUUGUUAAAAUUAUACAUAUUCAUAUUGUACAUGUCAAAAAUAUGUUUUCUCAAUUCUUUCAA